AUGAUGUCUAUGAUUAGAUUGAAUGUUUUGGCAACUCUGGAUAAGGACUCUCCAGCGGAAAUAGAAGCCUUGAAGAAGAGAUACAACGAUGGGGAUGGUCAUACAAUGGACUAUGUGAAAAGUAACUGCCCAUACUUUGUCGAUUCCGAAGCUUACGCAACUGGCAAUAAAACUGUGAACAGCUACAAAGUUUGCUGUGAAAUGGUCGACUACUGCUCAUUCUACGUUCAGACAUGGUUCUACGUGGUCUGUGGAGGUGCUGUUCUUCUUAUCGUCAUUACUUUGAUUGUCGCUUUUUGCUGUUGUUGUAAGAAAAGAGGUGGCGGUGGUGGUGAAGAUGUGGAAUCGAUCGAGAAAAGUGAUGCUACUGAGAAAGAGGAUGAUUGA